AUGAGGUAUCUCAGCGUCGCCGUGGCGGCCCUGGGCCUGCUCACGGCUGGUGGUGAUGCCGCCACCUGCACGCCUCGCGACGCAUCCGCCACUCCCAGUGCCAGUCCUUACGACGACUCAGGUUAUGUGAAGAACCCUCACUUCCUUAACCACCUCGAGUACUUCACAUCUACUGGACAAGUCAGCUGGAUUGAGAACGGCUGGAACGAAGAUGACAUUGGCGGUGGUGCCGCUCAGUUGGAGGGUGAAGCCAGCGACGAGGUUGUUGAUGAGACCGAGUCUGGAGUUCAGAAGCGUCAGGUUACGAGCACAUCCAUCUCUACUACCGUCAAAAACCUCACGCCCAAUACCCCUUACACUUUCAAGUUCAGUUACCUGCUCCUCUCCGCCUCACCCGCUAACAGCUGCCGCCUGAGAGCCUACUUUGUAAACAACAACUACUACAACAGUGACAAGUGGCCUCUUACCACCAAUCCACAGACCAACUGGACUGUGAUCGCCGCAACGGUUACCCCAACGGCCUCUUCUGGAACCCUGACCAUCAGCAUCGACUGUGCUGCCAAUGGCAAGGCUCAGAUCUGGGUUGACAGCAUUAGCGUCACCAAAGGUGCUCUGGUUACUUCCACCACCAAGACGACCAGUACGACCCCAUCGGUUGUUCCCACCACGACCACGAAGCCUUCUACCACGACUACUCCGGCUACUACGACUACUCCGGCUACUACGACUACUCCUUCUACAACCAGCACUCCCAGCAGCACUCCCAGCAGCACCCCGUCAUCUACCAGCACGUCGGCUGCUGCUUCUGCGAGCGUCGACAGCACGAUCCUCGUCCUCGCCAAGGAUGUGACGACCGCUAAGCUUGGCAGCGAUGGUCUUCUCGCCUACGGAAUCCCCUUCCAGCAACUCAUCGUGCCCCAGACUGGUGUCGACCUGCCCGUCCUCAACGACACCCUCACCCACGGCAACUUUGGUGGUAUUAUUGUCCUGAGUGCUGUAUCCUACGACUAUGGUACCGGUGUCGGCUGGCGCAGUGCCAUCACUGACGCUCAGUGGGCCUCCAUCUAUGCUUAUCAGAGUCGCUUCAAUGUUCGCUUGGUCCGUAUUGACGAUUAUCCUGGACCCGGCACUGGAACCACCCCCGCUGCCGGAGGCUGCUGUGAUAGCACAGUUGACCAGAAAAUCUACUUCACCGAUACCAGCUCCUUCGCUUCCGCCGGUCUCGUUACCAACGCGCAGGUCAUUACUACCGGUCUGUAUCACGUCCCUGCCAGCAUCACUGAUGCCUCAACCACUCGGCAGGUUGCUGCCUUCAACGCCGUUUCUGGCAACGCUGGUGGUGUUGCCGCCGUUAUCAACAACUUCAGCGGUCGUGAGCAGUUCGUCUGGUUCAUCAGCUGGGCUCCUUCUUGGUCUAUGACCUCUGCCUGGCUCCAGCAUGCCCACAUCCACUGGAUGACCCGUGGUGUGUUUGUUGGCAAGCGCAAGACCUAUCUGAACACUCAGAUCGAUGACGUCCAGCUUUCUACUGAGAUGUACUACCCCAGCGGAAUUCCCGAGAUCAAGAUCACCACUGUUGAUCUUGAGGCCCAUGUAGAUUGGCAGGUCAGCAUUAACUCACGCAUGCCUGCUGGCUCAGACUUCUGGCUCGAACUGGGACACAAUGGAAACGGUGAUCUUAUCAAUGCCACCAUUGGUGAUAUAAAGAGCAUUUGCAACCCUGAUGAUGCCGUCUACUGGGACCUCGAUGUCCAAGCACCCCACGAGUGGAGGAAGCCCUUGGGAAGUGGUACCGAUGUCUGGCCUACGGACAAGGAGGUAUAUUCGUGGUCGUCGGCCUGCGCUCUCCUGGAUCCCUUCGCCAAGUGGUUCACCAACACUAAUAACCUCAACAAGUUUGGCCACAUUUCUCACACCUUCAGCCAUCUUAACUUGAACAACUGCACCUACCAUGACUCCAAGCGAGAGAUUCAGUUCAACCAAGCCUGGAUGAAGCAGAUCGGGAUUGACAAGGCUACGCGUUACACCGGAAACGGAAUCAUCCCCCCUCAGAUCACUGGUCUCUACAACGGCGACUCCCUCCAGGCUCUCAAGGACAAUGGCAUUACCCACUGUGUUGGUGAUAACACCCGUCCCCAGACCCGCAACCCGGACAGCGUCUACUGGCCUCUGAUUACCAACUUCGCCACCAACGGCUUUGAUGGCAUGGUCGUCAUUCCUCGCUUCUCCUCCCGUAUCUACUUCAACUGUCACACCCCGAUGUGUACUCUGACUGAAUGGAUCAACACCUCCGCCGGAACUGGCGACUUCAACAACUUGCUCAAGGUUGAGAGAGAGUCAUCGGUCCGAAAUCUGCUUGCCCUCAUGUCUGAUCCAUACAUGUUCCACCAGGCCAACAUGUAUACCACCGGAAACGAUAUCCUGACUAUCGGUGACCAGACCCGCCGCAUGUCGCUGGUUAUGGCUUGGACUGAGACUGUUGCCCAAGAGCUCUACCGUAUUACCACCUGGCCAGUCAAGACUCAGACCCAGGCUGAGAUGGCUCUCUACUUCCUUGCAAGACAGACGGUCGACGGCUGCACCCCCAACUUGUCCUACGUCUGGUCCGAUGACGGCAAGAGCCUCACAUCCGUCAUUGUCACUGCCAAGGGCAACACCUGUGCCUCCCCCAUCCCAGUCACCAUCCCUGCGGGCACUGUCACCGCCAGUGGCGGUAGCUUCACCUCUGAUGUCGUCGGUAACGAGCCGCCCAUCGUGUGGGUUACCCUUAACGGAUCGCCCGUCACCCUGACCUUGGGCACCAAGGUCGCUGCCUCCACUACCUCCUCAUAA